AACUAUUGUUUUUCUUUACCCGCAGACUCCCGAAAUAAUCAAAUCCAAGCGCCAUGGGGUUCUCUGUCUGGUUCUCUCGCUUGCGCAGCUCGUCUUCAUCGUACUCCAGUUUCUCCAAUCUUCGCGCUUCCAGAAACGUCCGAACUCUUCUCACAUCCAACACCGGUAACACGAGCAGCGGCGGAGGCAGCUCAAGAACUAAGCAGCCGUUUCUAUUGUUCUCGAGCUCUUUGAUUCCUUUGGCCGUCUCUGUUUCGGAUAUUCAAUCGCAAUCUUCGUCUCCUUCUCUCUGCGAUUCGUCCACUUACGAUUAUCGGGGUGUAAGCAUUGGUGGGAAAGGAAGCACAGAAUAUGAAGUGAAGGGAUCUCACAAGGAAGUUUCCCAGGAGUUUAUUGAUGAACUCAAGGCCAUUUGUCAAGAUAAUGUUACAUUGGAUUAUGAUGAGAGGUACUUCCAUGGAAAACCACAAAACAGCUUUCACAAAGCUGUUAAUAUUCCUGAUAUCGUUGUUUUCCCAAGGUCUGAAGAGGAAGUUUCCAAAAUUGUAAAAUGCUGUGACAAACAUAGAAUCCCUAUUGUACCAUAUGGUGGAGCAACUUCAAUUGAGGGUCACACCUUAUCUCCUCUUGGUGGUGUUUGCAUUGACAUGUCUAUGAUGAAAAGUGUUAAAGCAUUACAUAUUGAGGACAUGGACGUGGUUGUUGAGCCCGGGAUCGGGUGGAUGGAGCUCAAUGAAUACUUGGAGCCAUAUGGUCUAUUCUUUCCCCUUGAUCCUGGGCCUGGUGCAACCAUUGGGGGGAUGUGUGCUACACGUUGCUCUGGUUCUUUAGCAGUCAGGUAUGGAACAAUGCGUGAUAAUGUCAUCAAUCUCAGGGUAGUUCUUGCCAAUGGAGAUAUUGUCAAGACAGCUUCUCGUGCACGAAAGAGUGCUGCAGGGUAUGAUUUGACCCGUCUCAUAAUUGGAAGUGAGGGAACCCUGGGUGUAAUAACAGAAGUUACUCUACGGCUUCAGAAAAUUCCUCAGCAUUCAGUGGUUGCAAUGUGUAACUUUCCUACAAUUAAGGAUGCAGCAGAUGUUGCUAUUGCUACUAUGUUGACUGGUAUACAGGUGUCAAGGGUGGAGCUGCUGGAUGAGGUUCAGGUUAAAGCUGUCAACAUUGCUAAUGGGAAGAAUUUGCCUGAACUUCCGACUCUGAUGUUUGAACUUAUAGGCACUGAGGCAUAUUCACGCGAGCAAACAUUAAUUGUUCAGAAGAUUGUUUCUGAGCACAAUGGCUCAGAUUUUGUUUUCGCGGAAGAGCCUGAAGCUAAGAAGGAACUUUGGAAGAUAAGGAAGGAAGCACUGUGGGCAUGCUUUGCAAUGGAACCUAAUUUUGAGGCAAUGAUUUCAGUGAGUCAACUGUAUGGAACAAUGCGUGAUAAUGUCAUCAAUCUCAGGGUAGUUCUUGCCAAUGGAGAUAUUGUCAAGACAGCUUCUCGUGCACGAAAGAGUGCUGCAGGCUGUGAACCUUAUAAGACUUGCGUUGCAAUGUGUAACUUUCCUACAAUUAAGGAUGCAGCAGAUGUUGCUAUUGCUACUAUGUUGACUGGUAUACAGGUGUCAAGGGUGGAGCUGCUGGAUGAGGUUCAGGUUAAAGCUGUCAACAUUGCUAAUGGGAAGAAUUUGCCUGAACUUCCGACUCUGAUGUUUGAACUUAUAGGCACUGGUGAUGAGAUACCUCUUUCACUAUAUUCAUUUUGUUAA